AUGAUCCAAUUCGAAGAAAUUACUGAAGUAAUCAGUGGUGACAAGGCAGGUUCUUCCAGCAAGUUCGAAAAGAUCAGCUGCAACACGUUGCCCAUUUUGAAUGGACAUUUCAUCUCUCAUGUUGUAAUAUGGAGAGAUCAGAGAUGAUAUUUCGUAGGGCGGGUUUUUUUGUUCAGGCCAGCCCUGUUGGAUUACGGCUUUGAGGACAUGGAGAGACUCAUCAUUCUCGGUUUCUCGCUGUAUCUGCAGAAGUCUCUCCUCUGAUAUUGGCAGAUACUUUAGCAUGUUGAUGGUUUCGAACUCCGGUUCUCGUUGACCAGUUGUCUCUGGAACAUAGGCUCUGGAAAGGGUGUCUGCUAACAGCAUUGUUUUCUAACUUUGGUUCCGGACUUCGACGUUGUAUUUCUGUGGAGUUGGAAUGAUGCUCACGAGAAAGCAUGGGAUAGCGUGAAGAAGCUCAUCUCAGCUGCACCAGUCUUGGCAUACUACCAACCCACAGAACAACUGGAAAUCCAAAGUGAUAGCAGCCAAAGUGGUCUUGGAGCCGCUUUGAUCCAGAACGGACAGCCAAUUGCGUAUGCAAGCCGAGCUCUAACGGAAACGGAAUCUCGUUGUGCCCAAAUUGAGGACAUGUUAGCUGUCGUUGUCGCAGUGGAAAAGUUCAACGAUAACACAUUUGGUCGAAAGACAAUUGUCCACUCACAAACCUCUUGA